UCAAGGGCGUGUGAUAUAAUGCUUCUCCUAUUUGCCUAACAUAAUUCCUUCGUUGUCUUGGUUCCGUUUUUUUUGCAUCUGACGGCGGCCAAAAACAUACGUUGCAACAAGGCCACCUACAGUGUUCAAAUUCAUGGAAUGCGACUUCAUUACCCUGAAAUUGCGCUCCCCAUCACUAAAUUAUCGAUUCUGCCCUAGACAUUCUUCUUCUAUGAAGUUACCCAACAAGCCCCGUUCAAGUUCAACUUCAUUGUUGCUUUCUUUUGGGUCAAAUUUUUCAGUUUCUACUGCCGCUCUCAGUACGAUUGAACCCAGCCCCACAAGAGAUUUCAAUCCCACCAAUCCUCAAAACUCGCCGGCUCACCUCCCUGAGGCUAGUACAAAGAUAUUCAGAAAGUUUUGGAGUCCGAAUUUGCCUAAUCUAAAUGGUAAAAGUGAAAGUAACGUAACUGGCAGACCUGUGAGGCUUGAUGCAAAGGAGAGGCUAAAACGAUAUUCUGUUAUGCUGCGUGAGUGUGCUUCAAAAGGGGAUGUAAAAGAGGGGAAGGCUAUUCAUGGGAACUUGAUUAGAAGUGGAGUGGAGCUAGAUUCACAUUUGUGGGUUUCUUUGAUUAGUUUCUAUGCAAAAUGUAGGAGCCGAUUCUUUGCACGCAAGGUGCUUUCUGAAAUGCCCCAGCGAGACGUUGUAUCAUGGACUGCGCUGAUUUCUGGAUUUGUGAAUGAAGGCUGUGGAAGUGAGGGCGUUAGUCUAUAUUGCGAAAUGAGAAAGGAGAAUGUAAGGGCCAAUGAGUUUGCAUUGGCUACUGCAUUGAAAGCUUGCUCCAUGUGCUUGAAUUUAGAGUUUGGAAAGCAGGUCCACGUGGAAGCAAUUAAAGCUGGAUUGCUAUUGGAUUUGUUUGUCGGGUCUGCGCUUGUUGACCUUUAUGCUAGAUUUGGAGAGAUGGAACUUGCUGAAAGGUUGUUCUUUGACAUGCCUGAGAAGAAUGGCGUGUCAUGGAAUGCUCUGCUCAAUGGUUAUGCUCAGCUGGGCGAUGGUAAGAAGGUUUUGAAGUUGUUUUGUAAGAUGAAAGAGUGUGAAAAAAAGUUUAGUAAGUUCACUUUGUCUACUGUCUUAAAAGGUUGUGCUAAUACAGGGAGUUUAAGAGAAGGAAAAGUACUGCAUGCUCUGGCACUCAGAAGUGGGUGUGAGAUUGAUGAAUUUCUGGGUUGCAGUCUUGUUGAUAUGUAUUCAAAGUGUGGGACGGUUUAUGAUGCGUUAAAAGUGUUUACAAAGAUAAGAAAUCCUGAUGUAGUGGCCUGGAGUGCGAUGAUCACUGGCCUUGAUCAGCAAGGCCAUGGCCAAGAAGCGGCUGAGUUAUUUAAUCUGAUGAGACGUAAAGGAGUUAGACCUAACCAAUUUACCCUUUCUAGUCUUGUUAGCACGGCUACUAAUAUGGGUGACCUGCGUUAUGGUCAAAGCAUUCAUGGUUGUAUAUGCAAAUACGGGGUUGAAUCUGAUAAUUUAGUCAGCAAUCCAUUGAUCAUGAUGUACAUGAAAAACAGGUGUGUGGAAGAUGGUAACAAGGUGUUUGAGGCAAUGACCAAUCAAGAUUUAGUUUCUUGGAAUGCCCUUUUAUCUGGAUUCUAUGACUCACAGAGCUGCGGUAGAGGACCAAGAAUCUUCUACCAGAUGCUCUUGGAAGGUCUCAAGCCUAACAUUUUCACAUUUAUUAGUGUUUUAAGGUCUUGUUCUAGUCCGUUGGAUCCAGAGUUUGGAAAGCAAGUACAUGCUCAUAUCAUAAAAAACAGCAGUGAUGGUGAUGACUUUGUUGGGACAGCUCUUGUUGACAUGUACGCAAAGUCCAGAUUCUUGGAAGAUGCAUGUGUAGCUUUUAAUAGAUUGGUUAAUCGGGACAUUUUCUCCUGGACAGUCAUUAUUUCUGGUUAUGCACAAACUGAUCAAGCAGAAAAGGCUGUUAAGUAUUUUCGUCAAAUGCAAAGAGAGGGUAUAAAGCCAAAUGAAUACACUCUUGCCAGCUGUUUAAGUGGAUGUUCCCGUAUGGCAACCUUGGAAAAUGGGCGGCAACUCCAUUCUGUGGCAGUUAAGGCUGGGCAUUUUGGUGAUAUAUUUGUUGGUAGUGCACUGGUCGAUAUGUAUGGGAAAUGCGGUUGCAUGGAACAUGCCGAGGCAAUUUUUAAAGGCUUGAUUUCACGGGAUGUAGUCUCAUGGAACACUAUCAUAUCUGGGUACUCGCAACAUGGUCAGGGGGAGAAGGCUCUUGAAGCCUUUAGGAUGAUGUUAUCUGAAGGAAUUAUGCCUGAUGAGGCCACUUUCAUUGGUGUUCUUUCUGCAUGCAGUUUCAUGGGUUUGGUUGAAGAGGGGAAAAAGCGUUUUGACUCGAUGAGUAAAAUAUAUGGGAUUAACCCUUCAAUUGAGCAUUAUGCUUGCAUGGUUGAUAUUCUUGGCCGAGCUGGAAAAUUCAAUGAGGUCAAGCUCUUUAUUGAGGAAAUGAACCUAACCCCCUAUUCCCUCAUCUGGGAGACUGUUCUUGGGGCUUGCAAAUUGCAUGGAAAUGUUGACUUUGGUGAAACAGCUGCUAAGAAGCUGUUUGAAAUGGAACCUAUGAUGGACUCCAGUUAUAUAUUGCUAUCAAACAUUUUUGCAAGCAAAGGUAGGUGGGAUGACGUAAGAAACAUCAGAGCAUUGAUGACACUGGGAAGGAUUAAAAAAGAACCUGGGUGUAGCUGGGUAGAAAUUGAUGGUCAAGUUCACGUCUUCUUGUCUCAAGAUGGUUCACACCCGAAAAUGAGAGAAAUUUAUGCCAAGCUGGACAAGCUGGGGCAAAGUCUGAUGUCAAUAGGUUAUGUGCCAAAAACAGAAGUUGUUCUUCAUAAUGUCUCUAACAAAGAAAAAAUGGAGCAUCUCUACUAUCACAGUGAAAGACUGGCUCUUGCCUUGGCUCUUCUAAGCACCAAUGCAGUGAAACCAAUUCGGAUUUUCAAAAAUCUAAGAAUCUGUGAGGAUUGCCAUGAUUUUAUGAAGCUUAUCUCUGACAUCACAAAUCAGGAAAUACUUGUCCGUGAUAUUAAACGGUUCCACCAUUUUAAGAGAGGCACCUGCUCUUGUCAGGAUCGUUGGUAAUUUUUCUGCAAAACCACAAAGCAUAAGCAUCAAGGACCAGAAGUUUGCAUAUCCGGAGUCAAAUAUUUGAUCAAGUGCAUGAAAACUCUGAAAGCAAAGGAGCAUCUGAUUGUUGCUGCUAACAAUAUUUUGAAGAGAUGCUUCAGGAAACAGGGUGGCUUUCUAUCCUUGCAUAUAAGCUGCUGCUUAUCUGGGCUCUAAUAUGGAGGCGGUGCGUAUAGCAUAUCCCUCGGUGCACAAGUAGAAGGACCUGCAUCGGUGCAUUCCACUAAUUGAACCGUGCCUAGAGUUUCUGCACGUCACCUUUGCAAUAAAUUGAAUUGUGCAAGUGCCACCACAGCGCUGAAUUUCUGAUUCUCUUGACUGCUCUUUUCUUUGUGAUGAUCCUUUGUCUAUAGUACCCAUUAAAUGACAUUGGAAAUUAAUCGCCAAGUAAAUUUACAGCUUAGCAAUGUAUUGUGGAACUGCCUCUCAAACCGAAACAACCCAGUUAAGCUCUUCUAACUCCUGGUUGACUCCAUACGCUGGCUGUUCUGUCAGUUGCAGAGUCUGCUGAGGUAGGGACUUCCAGGACUUGUCCUUAUGACUUGUUGCUGAAAUUACUUCGGAGAGAAUCACAGUCUGAGUGUACUUGCACCCCUGAGAAGAAGUUGGGUCUCUUCUCAGAUCGCUGUAUGACAUGGAAAGAAGUUUGGCUCCUAAUGCAAUAACGUUGAUUGAA